GUUAGCAGCUAGCACCUUAGCUUGACAAGAAAAGCAAGCGUCAACGGUAGCUGGGCGAAACAGACCAUUGUACAAAACCCCUUCUGUUAACACGAAGGGAGAGAUACAUCGGCAGUGGCAGUGUCGAUUUUGAUAAGCAGAGUUAGCUGCGAGGCUAGCUGCUAGAGAUUAUUUAGCUGUCGACGCUGUAAACGUGUUGUUUUCCAGCGGCAGACGUUUAUAGGAGCUGUUAGCCUGUUAGCUAGCCUGCGCGUUAGCUAACGCUUCAAACCGAGGCAGAAGAAGUCCACUUCUCACAUUUAUACCGCAGGAUCAUCGCACAGCUGUGGCACAAUGACUUCAAGGAAGAAAGUACUACUCAAAGUCAUCAUCCUUGGAGACUCUGGAGUUGGGAAGACCUCGUUGAUGAACCAGUAUGUGAAUAAGAAGUUCAGUAACCAGUACAAAGCCACAAUAGGUGCUGAUUUCCUGACGAAAGAAGUCAUGGUGGAUGACAGACUUGUCACAAUGCAGAUUUGGGACACAGCAGGUCAGGAGAGGUUCCAGUCUUUAGGUGUAGCAUUCUACCGUGGAGCAGACUGCUGCGUCCUGGUGUUUGACGUGACAGCGCCCAACACUUUCAAGACUCUGGACAGCUGGAGAGAUGAGUUCUUGAUCCAGGCCAGCCCUCGGGACCCGGAGAAUUUCCCCUUUGUGGUGCUGGGCAACAAGAUCGACUUGGAGAACAGACAGGUAUCAACCAAGCGAGCGCAGGCUUGGUGUCAAAGCAAGAACAACAUCCCAUAUUUCGAAACCAGCGCCAAGGAAGCGAUCAAUGUGGAGCAGGCCUUCCAGACUAUUGCACGCAAUGCCCUAAAACAGGAGACCGAAGUGGAGCUGUACAAUGAGUUCCCUGAGCCGAUAAAGCUGGACAGGAACGAGCGAGCCAAGCCGUCAGCAGAGACCUGCAGCUGCUGAGGACUCUGAAGAUCUUCGAGGGGUCGUCGGUGCCCUCACUACCCUGUCUUGCCUUGUCUAUAUAUCCCUUUUCCCAUGGCCCACUGUGUUAAUCCCCGAUGCCCAACAUACAAGCAGCAUCUCACUCAUUGAGUAUACUACUACACACACAAACAUGCUGCACUCACCUCCUUAUGUAUACAAAACACACAUUUUCUAUAAAAAUAUGAGUCUCCUAGCCCAAAGAACACCUUAAGGAAACAUUAUGGAAUUUACUUGUACGAUGCUUAUUACUUCCCAGUGUUUCUCUAUGUACUUUUUCAUUGCGGUGGUGGUUCGGGCUAACCUCAUUAUCAGUUCCAUAUACAUCGCUGCUUUGACACCCAAUUUUGGUUCUAACUGCUUUUAUUUGUAUACUUUAAGCGGUAAAUCGAAGCAUUAUCUCUACAUGUUUGUGUUGAUAAGUAAAGUUAGUAAACUAAUGUUUUUGUUUUGUUUU